AUGUGUACAGUAUAUAUGUAUAAUUGACUUGUCAUAACUUUGUACAGUAGAUCACAGUAUGUUUUGCAAACAGCCAAGUGUUUCUGUUCAAUAUAUGUUCAUUGAUUAUGUCUAAAGAACUUAUUCAAUUGCAAACCUUAUUUUUUUAUAUAAAAAGUUUCCAACAAAGUUUAUACAUUGGUGUUAACUGUAUUUUUAAGAAAUUGACUCCAAGUUACUGUGAUUUUCUUUUUCUCAGCUGAAAUCUUAGCUGAAAAUGUCUAAUAGCAUAGUAUUUAGGUGAAAGGACCUACUGAUGAUCCUCCCUCACUGUCUUCUGUUUGAAUGACACCAAAAGUGGUUUUGGGACUUUACAUCCCAUUGAUUCGAGUAAGAAAGUGAGGAAAGUAUUUAACACAAUCCUGAGAACACUGAUUUGAAAUAGAUUUCCCCCAUUAUUGGAAAUACUCACUGAGACAUUUAUUGUAAAGACUGGCAGUGACAGGUUGACACCAAUCAAUUUUCAAAAUCUUUAAGGAGGGGCAAGAAUGCACAGAUGAACCAGUUACCCAACUUAUGUCAGGUGAGAUAAGAAAAAACUAUUGUCUGUGAAACAGCUCUGCUAUUUAAAAUGGCUUCCUUUCAGAACCAGCUAUGUAGAGAUUGUGUGCAGAGAUAAGCCAGAAUGUUUAGGCCUACUAGAUAUUUUCAUAAUUUAUUUUUGUUUAGAUUGAAAAGACUAGAAUUUAGGAUAACUGGUAGAACCUGGUUUGUUUUCAUUGUUGAAUAGACAAUAGUAACUACUUUCUCUAACUACGAAGCAUUAAGAACAGUAUCACCUUAUCACCCCUGAAACUACAUCGUAAAUCCAUGUGCCAAGGUUACCAAAACAUGUCACGUUACAUCUUCUUCUUGUGACAGUGAGACGCUGUUUACAUACAUUACAUAAUGCUAAAGUUAACAGUGUACAUUAUAAAAAUAUGUUGUUUGAGUUUAAACAGAUCAGAUUAUCUCUCACCCUCUACCCCCCCCCCCCCCCCCCUCUCUUUUUUGUCUAUUGGUGUGUCAAUGCAAUGUGAAUGUCUCCAAACUGGUUGGGGCAGACUGCAUGCUCUGGAUACUGUGACCUCUCUAACCCAGUGGAAGUGAAGCUUGACAUAGGUGUGUCAGCAAAGCAAAUCACUGUUGUUUUUUAGUUGAGAAUGUGUAAACUAUGAAGGUAUGAUGAGUUCAAAAAUACACACAGGGCGAGAAGGGUACUUUAUAGGCCCCUCCUCUCUUUUCCUUUCUGCCCUCCCACGACUAUCUAUAAACUUAUUUCAGCACUAUUUGCCAUCUAUUGCUAAUAAGGUGAAAUUAAUCCCAUUGAAAGUUAAUUUUGCUGUUUGAGUUUUCAAGCUGGUGAGUUUUCAAGCACAUACCUACAUCCUCGUUCCUCAUAGGAUGUUCGAACAAUAACAACUUUUGUAAACUGAUCUACCAUCUCCAAAAAGGAGAAUAAAAUGAAACUCCCACCUCUAUUGUCCACAGACAACAAAGUAUCCUGUAAGGCUGGUAUUAUUUGGCUGGCUCUCAGUUUCUUAAAGCCGGAACAGCCAGUAACAUUCUUCUUUCUCGUUUUCAAAUGUACAUAAACACCUGAUUGCCUUCCGAUAUUAACUCGGAGACACAAAGAUUUAGUCGACGAGUACAGAGAGACAGAGAGACACUGCAUUCAGAAUGUGUUCCAUGGGCAUGCAGAUGCUGGGCAGUGCCCUGGCAUUGCUCGGCUGGGUGACGACGAUCAUUGUUUGCGGCGUGCCCAUGUGGAGGGUCACAGCCUUCAUCAGAAAAAACAUUGUCACCUCGCAAACCAUCUGGUAGGGCAUCUGGAUGAGUUGUGUGGUCCAGAGCACAGGGCAGAUGUAGUAUAAGGGAUAUGUGUCACAACUUCCUUCGAAGCUGCCUCCUCUCCUUGUUCGAGCAAACUUCGGCGUUCGUCGUCACCGGCCUUCUAGCCACUGCCGCUCCUCUUUCCAUCAUUCCAUUUGUUUUGUCUUGUUUUUCACACACACCUGGUUCAUAUCCCCUCAUCAGUCUCUGUGUAAGUAUUCCCUCUGCUCCACAUGUCUUUGUGUGUUAUUGUUUCCAUGUGGAGGUGUCGCUAGCUCGGUUGAACAUUAUGUACUUUUAUCGCUGGGAUAUUCACCCGUGUGUUUUUUUUCACCUCUAUUUCAACACCAUCAGCCCUGGUCCAUCGUAUCGGGAGAAGGUGUCCGCCCUCGUCUCCUGCCUCUCGGGGAAAAAAGCCCUGGAGUGGGCCAACGCAAUCUGGAGUGAAGGAGGAGACGCGUUGUACAACUACGGAGAGUUCGCUCACCUCUUUGAUCAUCCCCCCGAAGGAAGAGAGGCGGGCGAGCGUCUGUUCCAUCUGAGGCAGGGGACAAGGACCGCGCAAAACUUUGCCCUGGAGUUUAGAACUCUAGCGGCUGGGUCCGGGUGGAACGAGUGGUCCCUCAUCGACCAUUUCCGAUGCAGCCUGCGUGAGGAUGUCCGAAGGGAGCUAGCCUGCCGGGAUACCACUCUGAAAUCAACCAACUGGUGGCCAUGGCCAUCCAGUUGGACAACCUGCUGGCUUCGAGAGGACGUCCAGGAAGGGACCUGCCCGUUUCACCCCCCCUCACCCCGGCUCACGUUCUGAUGGAGCUUGGUGGUGGAGCGUUCUGGGGGAAAGGAGGACGACAGAUCCAGUGUCACUCUUGUGGCAAGAGAGGACAUUCUGCUGCACUCUCGCGUCACCCCAGGUAGCGCAAACCCACACUCGUUCAGAGCUCUCUGCUGCGCAUUUAACCAUCCACAUCAACUUCCCUGAUUACACGGUAGGUCCCCAGUGUAAGGCGCUGGUAGAUUCAGGCACAGCUGGGAACUUUAUGGACAGGUCUUUAGCUCUUAGUCUACGUAUUAUAUUGGUUCCCCUGUCCAUUCCAUUGCCCAUCAAAGCACUUCACAAUCGACCAUUAGGGUCAGGUUUUGUUAGGGAGGUUACAGCACCAGUCACUAUGAUUAUGCAGGAGACCCAUAAUGAGCAAAUCACCUUUUAUAUUAUUGAGUCCCCUGAUUUCCCUGUUGUGUUGGGCUUUCCCUGGUUAGCACUACACGACCCCACCUUUUCAUGGCCGCAGAGGGUUCUCACGGGGUGGUCGCGAGAGUGUCAGGGUAGGUGUCUAGCUGUUUCCGUUGGUGCGACCACCUUGGAAAGUCCAGACAUUGCCUCCACCGUGCGCAUUCCCCCGAAUACCUCGAUUUGGCGCACGCUUUUUCCAAAACGCAGGCGACCAAAUUACCACCCCAUCGGGCGGGGGAUUGCGCGAUAAACCUCCGGUUAGACGCUGUUCCGCCCAGGAGUCAUGUAUAUCCCCUGUCGCAGGCUGAAAUGGAGGCUAUGGAGACAUACGUCUCCGAGUCCCUGCGUCAGGGGUUCAUACGUCCCUCCACUUCACCCGCCUCCUCAAGUUUCUUUUUCGUGAAGAAGAAAGACGGGGGUCUGCGCCCUUGCAUUGAUUACCGUGCACUUAAUAAAGCUACCAUUCUCUUUAGUUACUGUCUACCCCUCAUUUCCUCUGUGAUCGAAUCAAUGCAUGUGGCACGCUUCUUCACGAAAUUAGAUCUCAGGAGUGUGUACAACCUGGUGCGUGUCCAGGAAGGGGAAGAAUGGAAGACAGUAUUUAGCACAACCAAAGGGCAUUAUGAAUACAUGGUGAUGACGUAUGGAUUGAUGAAUGCUCCAUCAGUCUUCCAGUCCUUUGUGAACGAGGUGUUUCGGGACAUGCUUGGUCGCGGUAUGGUGGUCUACAUCGAUGACAUCCUGGUGUAUUCCGCUACGCAAGCCGAGCACGUGUCCCUGGUUCGCAGAGUGCUUGGCCGACUGUUGGGGCAUGACCUGUAUGCCAAGGCAGAAAAAUGUCUGUUCUUCCAACAAUCCAUCUCCUUCCUUGGAUACCACAUCACCACCUCAGGUGUGGAGAUGGAGGGAGACCGCAUUUCAGCCGUGCGUAAUUGGCCGACUCCAACCAUGGUUAAGGAGGUGCAGUGCUUCAUUGGCUUUGCCAAUUACUAUCGGAGGUUUAUCCAGGGCUUUGGCAAGGUCGCAGCCCCCAUCACUUCUCUGUUGAAGGAUGGGCCAUCCCGGCUCCGCUGGUCUGCUGCGGCUGACAGGGCUUUGAGUAACCUGAGGGCUCUGUUCACCUCAGCCCCGGUACUGGCCCAUCCCGAUCCAUCAAUGCCGUUUGUAGUGGAGGUGGAUGCGUCCGAGGUAGGGGUAGGCACUGUCCUAUCCCAACGCUCGGGUACGCCACCCAAGCUCCGCCCUUGUGCCUUCUUCUCUAAGAAGCUCAGCCCGGUGGAGCAGAACUAUGACGUUGGUGAUCGGGAUCUGUUGGCUGUUGUCAGAGCCCUGACAGCGUGGAGGCACUGGCUCAAUGGGGCUAAACACCCUUUCCUCGUCUGGACUGACCACCGUAACCUGGAGUACAGCCGGGCAGCGAGGAGGCUGAACCCUCGCCAGGCCAGGUGGGCCUUGUUCUUCACCCGGUUUGAUUUCACGCUGUCCUAUAUACCAGGCACUAAGAACGUGAAGGCAGACGCACUGUCACGGCUGUACGACACAGAGGAGAGGCCCAUGACAACACCCCCAUACUCCCGGCAUCCUGCAUUGUGGCGCUGGUGGUGUGGGCGGUGGACGCAGACAUAGAAUGGGCGUUACGCACAGAGCCAUCUCCACCUCAGUGCCCAGCUGGGCUUCGGUACGUGCCGUCUAGUGUCCGUGAUCGUCUUAUUUAUUGGGCACACACGUCCCCCUCCUCUCGUCACCCAGGCAUCGGCUGUACAGUGCGCUGCCUGACCGGGAAGUACUGGUGGCCUACCUUGGCUAAGGACGUGAGAGUAUGUCUCCUCCUGCUCGGUGUGCGCCCAGAGUAAGGCACCUAGGCACCUUCCAGCGGGUAAGUUACAUCCCUUACCAGUUCCACAAUGGCCAUGGUCCCACUUAUCGAUUGAUUUUCUAACUGAUCUUCCCCUCUCUCAGGGUAACACCACCAUUCUGGUCGUUGUGGACCGCUUCUCUAAAGCCUGCCGUCUCCUUCCUCUGCCCGGUCUCCCCACGGCCCUGCAAACUGCGGAAGCCCUGUUUACUCACGUCUUCCGACACUACAGGGUGCCAGAGGACAUAGUGUCUGACCAGGGUCCCCAGUUUACGUCUAGGGUCUGGAAGGCGUUCAUGGAACGUCUAGGGGUCUCGGUCAGCCUGACUUCUGGGUUUCAUCCCGAAUCUAAUGGGGAGGUGGAACGGGUGAACUGCCAGGACCGGCCGGGGGAGUGGUCGGCGUUCUUGCCAUGGGCCGAAUAUGCCCAGAACUCUCUCUGCCACUCCUCCACUAACCUGUCACCAUUUCAAUGUGUUUUAGGGUAUCAGCCGGUCCUGGCACCGUGGCAUCAGAGCCAGACUGACACUCCUGCGGUGGACGACUGGUUUCGGCGCACAGAGGAGACGUUGAAUGCCGCCCACAUCCACCUCCAGCGUGCCAUGCGUCGCCAGAAUGCCAACGAUGACAGCCACUGCAGUGAGGCCCCGGUCUUUGUGCCGGGUGAUCGGGUCUGGCUCUCGACCCGGGAAACCUGCCCCUCCGCCUGCCCUGCCAGAAGCUGAGCCCGCGGUUUGUGGGGCCUUUAAAGUCCUGAGGAGAGAGAACAAGGUUAUGUAUUGGUUGCUGCUCACUCCUUAUUACCGGUAUUAACCCCUCGUUUCACGUGUCUCUCCUCAUGCCGGUGGUGGCUGGUCCGCUCCAGGAAUCUGAGGUGCGGGGAGGUCCCUCCGCCCCCUCUGGACAUCGAGGGGGUCCCGGCGUACUCCGUCCAUUCCAUCCUGGAUUCGAGGCGUCGGUUGGGGGGCUUUCAGUACCUCAUGGAGUGAGGAGGGGUACGGUCCGGAGGAGUGUACCCCUCCUUUCAUGUAAUGGACAUACACAAAAAAGUGAAAUGAAAACAAUAACUUGUUUAAAAAAAUUCAAAAAAAUUAAUAACGGAAAAGUGGUGCGUGCAUAUGUACAUUUUUACAUUUUUUUACAUUUUAGUCAUUUAGCAGACGCUCUUAACCAGAGCGACUUACAGGAGCAAUUAGGGUUAAGUGCCUUGCUCAAGGGCACAUCAACGUCAUUUAGCAGACGCUCUUAGCCAGAGCGACUCACAAAUUGGUGCGUUCACCCUAUAGCCAGUGGGAUAACCACUUUACAAUUUGGGGGGGGGGGGGGGGGGGUUAGAAGGAAUACUUUAGCCUAUCCCAGGUAUUCCUUAAAGAGGUGGGGUUUCAAAUGUCUCCGGAAGGUGGUGUAGUCACCCCCUUUGCUAUGAAGCCCCUAAGUAAGAGCUGGUGCAACCAAUUACCUUCAGAAGUCACAUAAUUAGUUAAAUAAAGUCCACCUGUGUGCAAUCUAAGUGUCACAUGAUCUGUCACAUGAUCACAGUAUAUAUACACCUGUUCUGACAGGCCCCAGAGUCUACAACACCACUAAGCAAGGGGCACCACCAAGCAAGCGGCACCGUGAAGACCAAGGAGCUCUCCAAACAGCUCAGGGACAAAGUUGUGGAGAAGUACAGAUCAGGGUUGGGUUAUAAAAAAAUAUCAGAAACUUUGAACAUCCCACGGAGCACCAUUAAAUUCAUUAUAAAAAAUUGGAAAUAAUAUGGCACCACAACAAAUCUGCCAAGAGAGGGCCGCCCACCAAAACUCACGGACCAGGCAAGGAGGGCAUUAAUCAGAGAGGCAACAAAGAGACCAAAGAUAACCCUGAAGGAGCUGCAAAGCUCCACAGCGGAGAUUGGAGUAUCUGUCCAUAGGACCACUUUAAGCCGUACACCCACAGAGCUGGGCAUUACGGAAGAGUGGCCAGAAAAAAAGCCCUUGCUAAAUAAGCAAACACAUUUGGUGUUUGCCAAAACGCAUGUGGGAGACUCCCCAAACAUAUGAAAGAAGGUACUCUGGUCAGAUGAGACUAAAAUUUAGCUUUUUGGCUAUCAAGGAAAACGCUAUGUCUGGCGCAAACCCAACAUCUCUCAUCACCCCGAGAACACCAUCCCCACAAUGAAGCAUGGUGGUGGUAGCAUCAUGCUGUGGGGAUGUUUUUCAUCGGCAGGGACUGGGAAACUGGUCAGAAUUGAAGGAAUGAUGGAUGGCGCUAAAUACAGGGAAAUUCUUGAGGGAAUCCUGUUUCAGUCUUCCAGAGAUUUGAGACUGGGAUGGAGGUUCACCUUCCAGCAGGACAAUGACCCUAAGCAUACUGCUAAAGCACUCGAGUGGUUUAAGGGGAAAAAUUUAAAUGUCUUGGAAUGGCCUAGUCAAAGCCCAGACCUCAAUCCAACUGAGAAUCUGUGGUAUGACUUCAAGAUUGCUGUACAACAGCGGAACCCAUCCAACUUGAAGAAUGGGCAAACAUCCCAGUGGCUAGAUGUGCCAAGCUUAUAGAGACAUACCCCAAGAGACUUUCUGUUUUUUUUGUCUUAUUUCUUGUUUGUUUUACAAAAAAAAUUGUUUUGCAUCUUCAAAGUGGUAGGCAUGUUGUGUAAAUCAAAGGAUACAACCCCCCCCAGAAUCUAUUUUAAUUCCAGGUUGUAAUGCAACAAAACUUUCGCAAGCCAUUGUAUAUGGACGGACGGUGGAAUAUAAAGGAAAAGAUACCAGUGGAAGGAUAUUGUAUGCAAUAACAGUGUACUAUGAAGGAAAAUAGGCACUUAACUUUUUGAUUGAUUAGCCAGGGAAACACUACACUCUAAGAAAAAAGGGUUCCAAAAGGGUUCUUCAGCUUUACCAUAGGGGAACCCUUUUCGGUUCCCUCUGUGGAAAGGGUUCUACAUAUAACUCAAAAGGGUUCUACCUGCAACCAAAAAGGGUUCUUCAAAGGGUUCUCCUAUGGGGACAGCCAACUAACCAUUUUUUUCUAAGAGUGUAUGAGUGUAUUAAUAUGCUACUGUUUAGAAAUACACUACCAGUCAAAGUUUGGACACACCUACUCAUUCAAGGGUUUUUCUUUAUUUGUAAAAAAAAAAAUUACAUUGUAGAAUAAUAGUGAAGACAUCAAAACUAUGAAAUAACACAUAUGGAAUCAUGUAGUAAGAAAGUGUUAAACAAAUUAAAAUAUAUUUUAUAUUUGAGAUUCAUCAAAUAGCCACCAUUUGCCUUGAUGACAGCUUUGCACUCUCUUGGCAUUUCAUAGUUUUGAUGUCUUCACUAUUGUUCUACAAUGUAGAAAAUAGUAAAAAAUUAAGAAAAACCCUUGAAUGAGUAGGUGUGUCCAAACUUUUCACUGGUAUUGAACACUGAACAAAAAUAUAUAAACGCAACAUGUAAAGUGUUUCAUGAGCUGAAAUAAAAGAUCCCAGAAAUGUUCCAUACAUACAAAAAGCUUAUUUCUCUCAAAUGUUGUGCACAAAUUUGUUUACAUCCCUGUUAGUGAGCAUUUGAUCCUUUGUCAAGUUAAUCCAUCCUCCUGACCGGUGUGGCAUAUCAAGAAGCUGACUAAACAGCAUGAUCAUUACACAGGUGCACCUUGUGCUGGGGACAAUAAAAGGCCACUCUAAAAUGUGCAGUUUUUUCAAACAACACAAGGGCACAGAUGUCUCAAGUUUGGAGGGAGCAUGCAAUUGGCAUGCUGACUGCAGGAAUGUCCACCAGAGCUGUUGCCAGAGAAUUGAAUGUUAAUGUCUCUACCAUAAGCCACCUCCAACGUCGUUUUAGAGAAUUUGGCAGUUCUUCCAACCGGCCUCACAACCACAGACCACGUGUAAUCACGACAGCCCAGGACCUCCACAUCCGGCUUCUUCACCUGCGGGAGGGGGGGAGGGGGUGCUGAGGAGUAUUUCUGUCUGUAAUAAAGCACUUUUGUUGGGAAAAACUUCUUUUGAUUGGCUGGGCCUGGCUCUCCAGUGGGUCGGCCUGGCUCCCAAGUGGGUGGACCUAUGCCCUCCCAGGUCCACCCAUGGCUGAGCCCCUGCCCAGUUGUGAAAUCCAUAGAUUAGGGCCUUAUUAAUUCGAAUUGACUGAUUUCCUUAUAUGAACUGUAAUUCAGCAAAAUCUUAGAAAUUGUUGCGUGUUGCGUUUAUAUUUUUGUUCAGUAUAAGUAAAUGUUAUUUAUUUCUUGAAGUACAGUCAAGUUGAUUAUACACUGUUUCAAAUUAUAUUAGUCAGCAACUUUUUACACUGUUGUAUGUUCUCUGUUUCAUUACAAUAAACUAUAUUUUCAUAUUUCAGGUGAGUGUGUGUUGAUUCACCACUGAUGUCCUUGUUUCCCUAUACGCAUUCAUCAUGAUCAUAAAAUGCUCUCUGUGAGGUUAAAACAGAACACUGACAAAACCUGUUUGACAAGAGAACUUCACCCAGGCUUUAAACUCAAUGACUACAUCACUUCAAUGUGUUUUUCGACCAACAUGUACAAUUACAAGUCCUGCAGACAUGUCUAUUGUGACAGUUACUAUUGUAAAGGAGCAAUCAAUCCACUCUCGUAAUAUCGAAAUCAAUAAAAUAAUCAAUUAUGGUUGAGUUUGUAAAAAGACUGGUGUGAGUUGAGUUGGUUUACACUGAGCUGUGAGAAAACAGUGUUAUGUUCCCCUGCUAUCAGACCUGUAGAUCAGGGAGAGAGGGGAUCCAGUUACGCCGUUCUCAUGCAGAAAAUGUUGAAAGAGUUUAAAAUGACUUAAUGCCUUCCUUUUUUCUAAUUUGUCUCAUAAUUAAAUUUUCUCUUAGCCUUAGGUGUUUUUGUUAAUAUUCAGUGAGAUUGAAUGAUCAAAUCCUUCUCAUAUUCCACCCAGUAUCAACUUCAGCAUCGUUUCACUAUGAAUGACUGUUUCACUGCUUCUAAUUUUCUUUCUUAUUCUAUUAAAAGAAACCUGCAAUAUUGUGCAACACCUCAGUCAUGUCCCUCCAUCAAAUAGGGCCUACACUGAUGACACACUACUGCUAUAUACAUACUGUAUGUAUCCCACUUUGUCCUGUAGUGUGCCUGUUAGGAAGUAGGGUGGACAAUGUCCAACCUAGAACCACACAACACAUCAUUGCAUUGGCCUUCCUAUCAGUCAAACUGACCAUACUUAUAAAUUGGAAAGUGCGUAAACCGAGCCACAUCAGCCCUCCAAGACUAUGACAAUGACCCAGAGGGUCUCUGGAACACUAGAAGAACAUGUGUAAACCAUAGAGCAUAGCAACUGUGUAUUUGUUUAUUUACAUUUAUGUCAUUUAGCAGACACUCUUAUCCAGAGCGACUUACAGUUAGUGAAUACAUAUAUAUUUUUAUACUGGCCCCCCGUGGGAAUCGAACCCACAACCCUGGCGUUGCAAACGCCAUGCUCUAUCAACUGAGCUACAUCCCUGCCGGCCAUUCCCUCCCCUACCCUGGACCAAUUGUGCGCCGCCCAUGAGUCUCCCGGUCACGGCCGGCUGCAACAGAGCCUGGAUUCGAACCAGGAUCUCUAGUGGCACAGUUAGCACUGCGAUGCAGUGCCUUAGACCACUGCGCCACUCAGGAGAUACAUGAACUGUUUAUGAACUGUAUCUCCCCUCCUGCCACGUCACACAGGAUGCCUGGCUUGCUGUGGCAGGACUCAGUGGGUGUCCUCCCCCUUCUAUUGUUUAUUGUCAUGUUUGGAUGUUUGUUUUCUGUCCCGUGUAGCUCAGUUGCACUUGCAAUGCCAGGGUUGUGGGUUCAAUUCCCACGGGGGACCAGUACGAAAAUGUAUGCACUCACUACUGUAAGUCGCUCUGGAUAAGAAUGACACACAAUGUAAAAAAAAAUGUCACUGUGUUGUUGUCUUUGUAAAUGGAAAAUAAGAAAGAAGAAGAAAACAUUUGUGGUAAUUGCUAGGCUGUAAUCACAGAGAUAAAAGAGAAAACAGCCAUUUUGAGCAUAUUGUUAAUACUUAUUUUCCCUUUCAUCCCAAGUUCUGCACAAGCUGUAGCGCCCCCAUAUGGCUGUGGAGGAGCUGGGCAUCACCCUGUCCAUGGUGGGCCUGGCAGGCACCAUCCUGAUCUGCGCCCUGCCCAUGUGGAAAGUCACAGCGUUCAUCGGCACCCACCUGGUGGUCAUGCAGGUGUUCUGGGAGGGCCUGUGGAUGACCUGUGUGUCUGAAACCACGGGACAGAUGCAGUGUAAGAUCUAUGAUGCUCUUCUAGACCUGUCUCCUGACCUCCAGGCGGCGCGGGGCCUCAUCGUCAUCAGCAUGGUACUGGGCUGCCUGGCAUUCCUCGUCUUCCUCCUGGGGGCUAGAUGCACCAACUGCCUGAGCAAUCCCAGGUUCAAAGCCUGCGUGGUGCAGGCCGCAGGGGUCACCUUCGCCCUGGCUGGAUUAAGCACCAUAGUGGCUGUGUCCUGGACGGCCCAGUCCAUCAUUAGGGACUUCUAUAACCCGCGGGUCCCUGAGGUGCUGAAGAAGGAGAUGGGGGCGGCCAUCUAUGUGGGCUGGGUGACCUCUGGGUUCCUGUUCUGUGGAGGAGGGGUGCUGUGUGCCAGCUGUCCUCCAGGGGGGAGAGAGGGCAGGCAUGGGUCCAGCAGUAGGUACACCCUGGCUAGGAUGCCCAUUCAAACUCACAGCAGCUACGCCAUAAAGAACUAUGUGUGAGAGGGAAGUGCUUUACUUUCCUGUUAACUUCAGGCAAAUAGUGUUGGCACUAUAAAGAGACAUGUCACAGCAUGUUUUUCCAUGAAAACAUUGUUAUUUUGUGCAUGUCAGGUCGUUCAGUGUAUUGUCUGACUUUCAUACAUUUAGAAUUGCCCUGUAACUAUUUGAUAGCUUUGGUGGAGGUUUUUAAAAAUAAGAUAAUGUUGAUUGAUUCUUGUUACAAAAUAAGCCUGACUUACAGUGGGGGAAAAAAGUAUUUAGUCAGCCACCAAUUGUGCAAGUUCUCCCACUUAAAAAGAUGAGAGAGGCCUGUAAUUUUCAUCAUAGGUACACGUCAACUAUGACAGACAAAUUGAGAUUAUUUUUUCCAGAAAAUCACAUUGUAGGAUUUUUUAUGAAUUUAUUUGCAAAUUAUGGUGGAAAAUAAGUAUUUGGUCACCUACAAACAAGCAAGAUUUCUGGCUCUCACAGACCUGUAACUUCUUCUUUAAGAGGCUCCUCUGUCCUCCACUCGUUAACUGUAUUAAUGGCACCUGUUUGAACUUGUUAUCAGUAUAAAAGACACCUGUCCACAACCUCACACAGUCACACUCCAAACUCCACUAUGGCCAAGACCAAAGAGCUGUCAAAUAAUAAUAAUUGGUCAUUUAGCAGACGCUCUUAUCCAGAGCGACUUACAGGAGCAAUUGGGGUUAAGUGCCUUGCUCAAGGGCACAUCGACAGAUAUUUCACCUAGUGGGCUCGGGGAUUAGAACCUGCGACCUUUCGGUUACUGGCACAACGCUCUUAACCACUAAGCUACCUGCCACUCAAAGGACACCAGAAACAUAAUUGUAGACCUGCAUCAGGCUGGGAAGACUGAAUCUGCAAUAGGUAAGCAGCUUGGUUUGAAGAAAUCAACUGUGGGAGCAAUUAUUAGGAAAUGGAAGACAUAAAGACCACUGAUAAUCUCCCUCGAUCUGGGGCUCGUGGGGUCAAAAUGAUCACAAGAACGGUGAGCAAAAAUCCCAGAACCACACGGGGGGACCUAGUGAAUGACCUGCAGAGAGCUGGGACCAAAGUAACAAAGCCUACCAUCAGUAACACACUACGCCGCCAGGGACUCAAAUCCUGCAGUACCAGAUGUGUCCCCCUGCUUAAGCCAGUACAUGUCCAGGCCCGUCUGAAGUUUGCUAGAGUGCAUUUGGAUGAUCCAGAAGAGGAUUGGGAGAAUGUCAGAUGAAACCAAAAUAGAACUUUUUUGGUAAAAACUCAACUCGUCGUGUUUGGAGGACAAAGAAUGCUGAGUUGCAUCCAAAGAACACCAUACCUACUGUGAAGCAUGGGGGUGGAAACAUCAUGCUUUGGGGCUGUUUUUCUGUAAAGGGACCAGGACGACUGAUCCGUGUAAAGGAAAGAAUGAAUGGGGCCAUGUAUCGUGAGAUUUUGAGUGAAAACCUUCCAUCAGCAAGGGCAUUGAAGAUGAAACAUGGCUGGGUCUUUCAGCAUGACAAUGAUCCCAAACACACCGCCCGGAGGAGUGGCUUCGUAAGAAGCAUUUCAAGGUCCUGGAGUGGCCUAGCCAGUCUCCAGAUCUCAACCCCAUAGAAAAUCUUUGGAGGGAGUUGAAAGUCUGUGUUGCCCAGCGACAGCCCCAAAACAUCACUGCUCUAGAGGAGAUCUGCAUGGAGGAAUGGGCCAAAAUACCAGCAACAUUGUGUGAAAACCUUGUGAAGACUUACAGAAAUCGUUUGACCUGUGUCAUUGCCAACAAAGGAUAUAUAACAAAGUAUUGAGAAACUUUUGUUAUUGACCAAAUACUUAUUUUCCACCAUAAUUUGCAAAUAAAUUCAUAAAAAAUCCUACAAUGUGAUUUUCUGGAUAUUUUUUCUAAUUUUGUCUGUCAUAGUUGACGUGUACCUAUGAUGAAAAUUACAGGCCUCUCUCAUCUUUGUGGGAGAACUUGCACAAUUGGUGGCUGACUAAAUACUUUUUUCCCCCACUGUAGGUAAUUGUAGCUAUUCAAAUGUUCACUCUAUCACCAUGAAAUAUGUUUACUGAGGAAAUAUCUGUUAUUGAAAUAUAAUCUAGGCUACUGUUAUUGACAGUACAAGUACAUCCACUGAAUGAACCUGAUUGUUUUUAUAUACCUGUAUUGUAAUUCACAUAAUUUCAUUUUUCCCCAUCCUAUUUAACUGUGGUUAUUACUUGUAAUGUGUUUUUGUAACAAUGUUUAUCACAGUUAAUUUUGUGACUAGAAUAUGCAUGCUAAGAAAAUAGAUUUAGUACUUUAACAGGCAACAAAUAAUAUUCUAUGAAUGAUUUGCGAUUUGUACUUAAUAGAAAUAAACAUUGUGAUUAGAAAUUACUUUUGUUGCAUCUCUCUUUUAUUUGUCUAAUGGAAAAAGUGUAUCAAAACUGAUAAGGGAGAACAUCGAACAUUCAGAAUUAAGUGUGAAAGACUAGAUGCUGUACAUGGGGAGGCACACAAGGCUUAUUUAACAAUUACAUUUUCCUAUAAGACCACAGAGUCAGAGGCUGAAGUCAACAGAACACACAGUGGCAUCUUUGUUUUAGUGGCUGAGUGGAGAAACUGAAAAAGAGGGAUUGUUGUGAAACCAUGUCACAGUAAACAGAAGGAAUCCCCUUUAUUCCCCAGCUGUAGAGCUGCACUGCUGCCCCACACCCUUUUCUUUUCAGGAAUCCAGGAGGACCGGUUUCACAUCACACAGGCUAGACACACACACAGGCACACAGGCACGCAUGCACACACACACAGGCACACAGACACCCCACCCUUCUGUGCCUGCAGCUGGUUAAGCCCUGCUGUUAGGCCUCUUCCUGUGAGGAGCUAAGCUCAGCUCAGUCAUGAAGAGGCAGUUGGAACUAGCAGUGUUGGGCCUGGGCAUUACAGGCUGGCUGUGCACCAUCCUCACCUGCUGCCUGCCCCUGUGGAAAGUCAGCGGUACUCUGGACAACUCAACAGCCACGCUGCCGUCAUACUGGGAUGGGGUGUGACUGGAAUGGGACCACUGGGACCUCAACCAUGAUGGUAGCCUCUACUGCUCCUUCUACCAGUCUUUGUUAUUCCUCUCUGGAAACUUCCGAACAUGGAGAGGCUUGAACAUGGCUUCUAUAGGUGCUGGAGCUUUUGCUGUGGUCAUCAGUAUCAUUGGAGAGGUGUGGUUUCCGAAGAGGAAUCAGGUAAAAGUUGUCUCCGGUGUGGUGUUUGUACUGUCUGGAAUACUGCUGAUUGUCCCUGUAGCCUGGACCUGCCACUACUCUAACGAGCCACUGGAGGGCGCAGUGGCACUGAGGCGAGACUGGGGAGCUGCUCUGUACAUAGGAUGGAUCCGCAGUCCUAGAUGCCCCACGUUCCAGCAGCAGGAGGGGUCAGAAAGAGGGGGUUAUCCUCCA